AUGUCAAAGGAAGAAAAUGAUCGUAUAAUCUCAUCCUGUGAAUUGGAUGAUUAUUGUACGGUGCAUAAUAAAGAUGGCGUUGAGUACGUAAAUCUACGACGUUUACAGGUUAAUCGAGAAUCAAAGGCGAGUGUGGCAUUUAGCCAACUCUUCGCCAUUUUGCAGAUUGUGGUUGCGAUCGUAUUGCCGUUCCUGGACAUUUUACCAAACUUCAAUGUUAAUCAUGGUGGUGCAGCACUAUUCGGUUUAUGCGGUAUGGUGCUUUCAGGAAUGCAGUUUGGCUCCGUGUUAGAUGACAGCUAUGCGAAGAGUGACAUAUAUGUCUAUGCUGCCCAUUCCAUCCUAGAGAUUGUUUUUAUACUCUUUCUGUGGAUAUUCGUCUGUGCCUACACCAACGUAUGCAUACCAAAGUGGAAUUGUUUUGCUAGGAUCGCAGUUAUGUGUCUGUGGGCAACAUGCAUCAGUGGCUGGUGCAAUGAGUUUGUCGGAGAAAUUGGUCAUCAUUUCAAGAACCCAUUCGACUAUGACGUGUGUAACUCGUCAACUGUUAACUCAAGUGCAACUGGUUUAGAUUUUAGGAAUGAGAACAACGAUUUUAGUCACAUGAUUGAGGACUCCUCUGCUAUACUCGUGCCGGGUGUAAUGGAAUUUUAUCUAGUUAUGUCCGGUUUUAUGUAUGUUAUACAUGGAAACAUUGGACGCCAGGCAACGGCGCAACACCACGCGAAGGAAUCUAAAUAUUUUACUCUGGAAAAAAGUUUUAAAGGCCUUGCUCUGGGUGGCGUUAUUCUAGUCUUGUCUAUUGUUAUUGUUAUCUACCAUGAGGUAGAAGAGGACGAGAAUGGCGAGAAGUCUGCGAUCGUUUACUAUUUAUAUGGCAUGGCUAUGUACCCGUUGACGAUAAUUGGUAAUUUAAAUUGCCAUUUCAAAAUGCGAUGGGACAAUACUUGGAAAAUAAACGACAGUCGCGAAGACGGUCUUCGUCUAACCAUGCUGCUCCUAUUUGUCUCCACAUUGGGCAUGUUCGUAAGUGCAAUUUUAAACAUCAUAGCGUGUUCCAUGUCACCUGAACCAGUGACCAAUUACGCGGUUCUAUUAAUUCACGAGUGCUUCAAGAUCGUCGAAGUGUUCUGUCAAGUUAUUUUCCUGUACGAUGCCCUUCACAGGGAUCCACCAAAGGAGUUCAAACCUGGCAUCGUUCGGGAAAUAAUGAUGUGUAUGGCUAUUGUGUAUUUCACCUAUUUCUGGAUGACUGUUUAUGAGUUGAAAGCUGAAAAAGUGAAUCGACUCCAAUAUUGUUUCUAUGGUUACGAGGUGUGGUCUAUCAUUCUUCAUUUAUUGACCCCAUUGGGAAUUUACUGUCGUUUCCAUGCUGUUCUGAUGUAUUUAGAACUUUGGAUAAGUGGAUAG